CCACAGACACGUAUAAAUAUUUUCCAACAAAUCACUAUCAGCCUUGAAAGUGAUAUUCAAACCUUUCAAAAAUAAAGAUGUCGAAGCAUUGAUUUUUUCAAGUGUAUGAAAAAAAGAGCGCCAGAGAGAAGCCCCGGCUUCUUAUGUGUACGGGAACUCAGUUUUCACCUUGAUGUGUGCGUCAAUUUUUACAGAUGUGUACGUCGUGGUGGAGGCGAGCACCGCACGCAGUUACCUUAUUUUCAAACGCGACCCAGUUUCGUUAGCAAAAUGCUUUACCUACCGUAGAAUUUAGAAAACAGUCAUGAAUUACUGCAAUUUGCAACAUCAAAAAGUUUUCCUUUUGUAUCAUCCCAGACCUCCCGUGCCAGCAGUCAGACAUAAAUUGAUGUGCACGGUCGCAAACCACGAAUCUUGAUUGAGGGUUUUUCUACGAUAAUAGAUAAGUACUCACUUAGUAGUCUCGCGCUGCACUAAGCGUCGCGAAUAAAAAUUGAAUUUUUAACUUGAGAAACACACUGUCUACAAACCAGAGACGCAAGGUUCCGAUGAAUCAUAACAAAUUGAUAUAGUAUAACAUCGUGUAGAUAGCUUUUCCUUUUCCAUACAGAUUUCUAUUUCUACGACUUCAAUUUCGAAGAGCUAUGGUACGUAGGGGACAAAGUUCAGAUAAAUACGUC